AAAACACUUCCAACUUAAAAAAUUCAAACUUAACAUGGCAUUUUACAUUCGCAUUUUCAUGGAGUUAUUAACAUGGGCUUCCAUACUUUUCUGUUCUACAAUUGGUAUUGGCACUGGCAGCUCACUUGUGACAGGGGCAACACCUGAGGCAGAAGCUCUGCGGAAGAGUGGGUGGUGGAAUGCCUCCAUCAACAACGUUACAGAACAUUGUAACUGGCCUGGUAUAACAUGCAAUGGUGCUGGGAGCGUUACUGAGAUCAGUCCACCUGGCUUCAACGUGGGAAAGAAGUUUGGAAAAAUGAACUUUUCUUCCUUCCCCAAUCUUGUUCGCCUUAAUCUUAGCGAUCAAGGACUCGAGGGGAGCAUCCCACCUCGAAUUGGCUACCUUACAAGACUCGAGCACCUUAAUCUGUCCUAUAACUCUCUAUCAGAACUUAGGAAUUUGAAGAAUCUUGUUUCUUUGAACUUGACUGGGAACAACCUUACUGCAUCCAUUGCUCCAAUCAUAGGCCUUCUAACCAAUCUUUCCCACUUGGAGUUGGCCUCAAAUCCUUUUGAUUGUAUUAUCCCUCCAGAAAUAUGGAACUUGAAGAAUCUUGUGGCCUUGGACUUGAGUAAUUGCAGCCUCAUUGGUCCAAUCUCUUCCAAUAUCAGUCAUUUAACCAAUCUGAUUUCUUUGACUCUUGCAAACAAUCAAAUCAAUGGAUCCAUACCUCCAGAAAUGGGGAAUCUAAAGAAUUUGGUUUCUCUGGAUCUGUGUAGCAACUGGCUUGUGGGUCCAAUACCAUCCUCUCUUGGACAAUUAACCAGUCUGACAGUUUUAUACCUCAGUUUCAACUCAUUUAGUGGCUUCAUCCCUCCAGAAGUUGGGGAAUUAACGAAUCUCACUGAUCUUCGCUUGGAUCAAUGCCGACUUGUUGGUCCGCUCCCUCCAACUUUGGGUCAAUUGACAAAUUUGAGAUACUUGUCUCUUUAUUGGAAUCAAAUCAAUGGCUCCAUCCCUUUGAAACUGACCAACCUUAAGAACUUGAUUGUUUUGGAUCUUGGGCGAAACAAUUUAGGGGGUACAAUCCCUUCAUCUCUGAGUCUCUUGUCCAAUUUGAGGAACCUGUACCUUACAACAAAUUCUUUUGAGGGUCUCAUCCCACCAAACAUAGGAAAUCUAAGUAAAUUGGAACUUCUGGAUCUUGGUCAAAUCCCAUCCUCUCUGUCUCGUUUGUCCAAUUUGCAGUAUUUGCAUCUUUAUGAAAACAAUUUAACAGGUCAAAUCCCUUCGUCUUUGUCUCGUUUGUCCAAUUUGCAAGUUUUGCGUCUAGAAAAAAACAAUUUAACAGGUCAAAUCCCUCCAUCUCUAGGUCGUAUCCCUUCAUCUCUGACUCGGUUGUCCAAUUUGGACUACCUGAAUCUUGGGGCAAAUCAAUUAGAUGGUUUCAUUCCUGCUGAGAUAGGAAAUAUGACUAAAUUACUUUCUUUGAAUCUUGGCCCAAUCCCACCUAAUUUGGAUAAGUUUCUAGAGAGCUCCUUUACAGGCAACCUAGGUUUACAUCGUCAUCCUCUUAGCAACCCCACUACUUUGCCUCCUUUCUUCACUCAACAUAGAAAAACAAACAACAAAGUCUUGAGACAUAUUAAAAUUACUCUUCUCAUCACCAUUUCUCUUGUCUUGGUAUCUCUGGCACUGUUGUUCCUUACUCGAAGAAUACAUAGAGCUAAAAGUAAGGAAGUAGUUCCAAGUCUAACAAAAAAUGGGGAUAUAUUCUCACUAUGGAACUUUGAUGGGAGGGUUGCAUAUGAAGACAUUAUUGCAGCAACUGAGGAUUUCGACAUCAAAUAUUGCAUUGGUACUGGUGGCUAUGGUAGUGUUUACCGGGCUCAAUUGCCAAAUGGCAAAGUAGUUGCCUUAAAGAAACUUCAUUGUAGGGAAGCAGAGGUAUCCACUUUUUACAAGAGUUUUAAGAAUGAGGUUAAGAUGUUAACAGAAAUACGACAUAAGAACAUUGUCAAGCUACAUGGGUUUUGUCUGCACAGACAGUGCAUGUUUUUGAUCUACGAAUACAUGGAAAGGGGAAGCUUGUUUUGUGUCCUUAGAGAUAAUGUUGAAGCUGCCGAAUUGGAUUGGCUCAAAAGGGUGAAUGUCAUAAAAAACAUAGCUCAUGCUUUGUAUUACCUUCACCAUGAUUGCAUCCCACCCAUCCUUCAUCGGGACAUAUCAAGCAACAAUAUUCUAUUGAACUCAAAGCUGGAGGCUUUUGUUUCUGACUUUGGAAAUGCUAGGCUUUUGGAUCCUGAUUCAUCUAAUUAUACCGUACUUGUUGGCACCUAUGGUUAUAUUGCCCCAGAGCUUGCCUAUACAAUGGCUGUGACAGAGAAAUGUGAUGUUUAUAGUUUUGGGGUUGUGACAUUGGAAGUACUGAUGGGAAGGCAUCCUGGAGAAUUGUUGACGUUGGUAUCAAAACCAUCUUCUUUGCAAAAUGUGAUGCUAAGUGAUGUAUUAGACACACGCUUGACACCUCCAAGAAGCAAAACCGUUACCCAAAGUAUUGUUGUUGCUGCUACACUAGCAUUCGCUUGCUUGCACGCAAAACCAAAGUGUAGGCCAACAAUGAAAUAUGUGUCUCAACAAGUUGUUGCCUUCCAAAGACAACUUUUGAAGCCUUUUCCAACUAUAACUCUGUUGGAACUUGUAAGUACAGAUUUGGGGAUGGAAAAUGGAAGAGAACCCCGACCAGAAGUCUUAUUGCAACCUGCAAAACUAAAUAUUGAUCUGGGGAUAGAAAAUGAAAGGAAACUUCAUUCAGAAGUUUCGUGUCAUCUAGACAACUUUCACGGUGGUACUUCCUCAAAUUAGAUCUUAUGGAGUUUCCCUGCAUUUUUUUAAAAAAUAAAUCUGUUUAGUCUAUUUCAUGAUUUAGUUUUCUGUACUAUUAUGUUGAAAUAACAUCCUUGAUGUCGA